AUGCCUCGCAACUCGACCAUCACAGACGACGAGUACGACGAGAUCACGUCCCUGUACUACCCCGACGACAAGCUCAGCCAGGCACGCAAGCCCAAGCACAAAGGGAAGCGGCUAUGCUUCAUCGCCGGAAUUCUCGACGACGGCCCUGACGGAUCCAAGCUGCUCGCGACAAGGGUGUUCCGUGGUGGUUCACGGCAAACCAAGGACUAUCACGGCAUGUUUAACCAUGCCUACUUCGUCAACUGGAUGAAGGAAUUGAUGGAUGAACUGGACGUACUUGGCAAGUCUGGCGCCGUCAUCGUCAUGGACAACGCCUCGUAUCACAAAGGCGUCCCACACGACACGCCCAAGGGAACAUGA